CGCAGGGGUCUCAUCAGCCUCGUCCUCAUCACAACAAAAAACUACCAAAUCUUUUGGCUUUGGACUGAGCUAUGGCAAGAUGGCCAAAUCAAAGAGACUUGUAUGCUUCUACUGCAACAAGAAGUCUGAUCUCAGAUAUGAUGGCCAGAUGACACAAUGGCCAUGCGCCCUUUGCGAAGCUGUAAAUUAUCUCGAUGAGAAUGGAGAAAUCGACGAUCCACCUGUUGCGACGCUGGAACCUGCUGCGCCUGGUCUUAGAUUCGCAACAUCCCGCUCAGAGUCUCUUACGGCCCCGAUCUCUGAUUCGAAUCCUUUCUGCGCAACCUGCCUAAAGAAUCAACACCUCUUGACAGCCUCUCUACAGCAGUACCACCUCGAGACCGACCCUACCCAUCCACAAUACAGAGAAAGCGAGCGGUUAUACUUCAAAUAUAGAAGAACACUUGAGGCAACAUAUCCUCAGGUGUGCGCAGAUUGUCUACCUCGAGUCGAGAGUCGCAUGGAUGUCGCUGCUAAAACUGCCAAGUCGGACUUCUUACGCAGAUUGUUGGACAAGACUCGAGCCAGAAAAGUUGGCACAGCAAAAUCCUUCUCGUUAUUCGAUUUGAUCCUUCUUUUUACAACAUGGCUCUGGUACAUUGGGAUUGCUGGGCAGCUUCUGUGGAACGUAACGACUCUACUUGCCAUCUUCGAAAUCCAACAACCAGAUACACCUCUGUCACUUUAUUUGGGAAAAGCCAUACAACAUGCGCAACCCUUGAUCACGGCUGCUACUUCAGAGGCUUGGGCUCGCUAUAGUUUCCGCUGCACCCUCUUUUCAAUAUGGUGGAAUCCAAAGUUCAAGGAGCUUAACAACGGCUUUAUGAACCAUAUUACUGGCUUCGCCGACUGGUACAAACUUCAACUACUACACAUCGUUAUUCGAUCACUAUUCUUCUACACGAUGGGAUCAGGCGUAUUCUCCAGUCUAGCCUCUCCGGCUACGGCUGGUGCUCACGCUGUGGUUCCCAUAUUCGUUCUUAUUCUAGCAAUCAAAUCUAAGCGUGCUCUGAGAGUUGACAUGAACCCUUUGUGGAAGUCUACACCAGAGAAAAUUCGUCACGUCGGACCGAGAUCUAGGAGCCCUAGUCCGCAGAAUAUGGGAGGUAUGGGAGGCAUGGCAGGCAUAUUGGAUGAGAUUGCAGCAACUCCUUCGAAUGAUCUCAGCCAACCUGCACCUACGUCCGCUUAUCUACUCUCAAGACGAAAGUCUCAACAACACCAAACUUCAUACAAUCGUCCUAUGACCCCAGGCGGGUACCAAAAUUCAUAUAAUCGCCCCACAGCCCCAAGUGGUCUCUUCCCUACACGCCACAGCACGUCUCCAUUUCGCGAUAUACCGCAAACUAGCAGCAUGAGCUAUAUGUCGAUGGGUGAGGCGUCAUAUCAUCCUCAAAACUGUGGUGCUGAGGAAAUGGAAUGGACUCCUUCCGUACCCCAGACUCAAGCACGUGCAUUUAAACCAACUCGGUCAGCACAGCCCAAACCCUAUCCUUUCGGCGAGACUUCAAGUCAGCCAUCCCCCUUCUAUGGACGUCUUCCUGAAGCACCCAUCACACCAGCUCAUAGACUUCGCAAUCCCCCCAAUCAAGCGAGGUUGCGCGUUUCUUCACAAGAAGUCAAAGAGAACUUCUUUAAUAAUAUUACCCGACAAAGCCCAGAUCUGAAAUCAGCAGACGACUCGAAGCGAGAAAUGAAUCUUGCCCAGCAAAAGUUCUUCGCACCUCCUCCUCCUAGUGAAGCUGGCAAUGUUCUAGCUGACCUCCUCACAUCUUUUUCCCUCAGUUCUCCUGAGGCCAAUACUCCUGCCGUUAUUGAAGAACGCUCCGCGAGAACUCGACACAUAUUCCAGGCAUUUUCAAUCAUGCUGGGAUUGUUCUUCUGGAAUAACAAUGCAAGUCUUGAGAUCAGCAAGCAAGUCAUGUUGACGGUCAUGAUUGGCAGCUUUGCUAUUGGCAUUCGAACACUACUUGAUAACACCGUUUUCAUCCCAAGAGGAAAGCCAGCAGGUAUCAUCCGAUGUACCUUAGGCUCUUGCGUUGCCGGUCUUGAACUCACAGGAGCUGGCUAUAACCUUAUGGAAAUCCUCGCUGGAAGAGGUGAUCUCGAGCACUGCACUUCCUUAGGAACAGUAUUGAUGGGCGGCAUGUUGGUUCAUGAACUAUCCCUUGCUUUAUUUGGACGUUGAGAUGGCGAGUAAUGAUUAUGAUAAUGACCAAGAAGCACAGCGUUUGCAUUAGAGAGCGAGGACUGUCUAAGGAAGAGAGGACACGGCGUGUUUUGUUCUUGUUUUUGUAGGAAUAGCACUUGAUUUUGUGGAAGUACAUAUGAUUCAAACUUUCAUGGAUGGAGUAAGGCGUUAGAAGGAAAUACCUAGCAACAGCUUGAGCUGUCAUUGCCUCAGAGGCACUCCCAUUCAUCGGAAAAUCAGCGCAGGAUGUAUGCAGCAAUCCUUUAGAUCAAAUCGAACAAUAUCAACGUCUUAAAAUUUCCUUCUCUACUUGCUUCAUCUCAGUAC